AUGGCCGGCGUAUCAAGAUGGCUCUGGCUGGAGUUCGGGCAGUGCCAGGUUGCGCUGCUCGCGAAAGAUGGCAUCUACAUCGAGGACUUCCCACGCUGGAUCUCCCACGUCUCCCUGCCCCCCGGAGGCCGCGCCGACGUCGUCGUGCGCUGCCCCGGCGGCAAGGACGGCCUGGAGCACACCGUGAACUCCCACGACUGGCCCGGGGUUUGGCCGAAAUCCUACGUGGGGCCCCUCUUCUCCAUCCGGGCCAUUCAGGGCUCUCGCAGCUCCCGAGAACGGGGGCCCCUGCAGCCCUGGCGUCCUGGGAGAAGACCUGGAUAUCUUCAGGACCUGCGCGGUCAAAGCGCCGACUGCGCCUGCAAGACGAUGCUCCAUAUGAGGUGGAUUGAUGAUUUGCUCUUCCGAGGCACAAAGUAUCUGCAUCAGUGGCCGCGGGAUGCGGUGGUUCAAAGGGAGCUCGCUGGCAUUGACAGGCACAGCUUUCACCAACACACCUGGCCCUUCCAACUUCAGACGACGCCGGCCGGAGACGAUCCGUACUUCAAGGCCGGCGACUGGCACGACACCUACCAGAAUGUCUUCGACCCAAAGGCGACGGUGCGCUUUAGAACCGUCGAUUUUGCAGGCCCCCAAGUGGUGCACUGCCAUAUGCUGACGCACGAGGACGAGGGCAUGAUCGGAUCGGAGGUUGUUCAAGGUUGGGGCCCGGAAAACUGCCGUUGCGACCUUCUGAACGAGGAUGAGCUCGUCAGCAUCGUUGGGGACGAGCGAAGCCAGAGGCUGUUGGUGGCGAGCAUGCUCUUCAUGGCAAUAUCUCUUAUACCCUUCGGGAUGAUGCGACAGGUCCUUUGUCCGGCCCGGUAUGCGAGUUACAAGACGCUGCCGGAGGAAUCCAUGAGUGAUUGA